AUGCGUCGACCGUCUCUAGACCUCAGCGAGCCCUCGCGCAACAUUGAAGAGUCAAACGGCGAGCCCUCCGACGGCCACGCCAUGGACCUAGACUUGGAUCUUGAUUUCGCCAUGCCGCCAACCGACCAAGAUACCCGCGACCAAGACGCCCGCAUCUAUUCGCCGCCGCCGCGCAUUGCCGACCGUUUCUAUCGUCCGUCGCACGCCCGCCGCCGUGACUCCGCCGCCUCUUCUCGACGCAACUCUAUGUCUUCGGUCCACUCACGCUGCUCUUCCAUCCAUGCUGCUUCCGCUCAUCCCAAUGAGCAGAGCAAACAUGUCGCUCAACACCUUCGCCGCGCGUCUUUUCUCGAGGACCGCAGGGCCCGCCUAGCCGAUCGGGCUGCUCACGCCGAAAAGGUCCGUCUGAGAGCUGCCCUCGCAAAGGCUGCGCCGCGUGGGCAGGCCUCGGAGGAAAAGGCUCUCGCCGCGCAGCAGGCUCGAGAGCGAAACCUUGCUGAGAUUGCUGCCACCUGCGCCGAGGAGGUACGCAAAGCCAAGCAGGUUGCCGAACAGACAAAAGAGAAGCGUGAGCAGGAAGUUGCUCGCAUCAAGUCCCAGCUGGAGGAGCGCAUGGCCGAGGCCCAGCGCCGCCGAGAAGAGUUGCUAUCUAAAAAUACGUCCCGCAAGGCCCGCGUCAACAGCGCCUCCAGGAAGCCCAACGAUGUCCUGGCCGGGCGUGAGAGUCGUAAACUAUCUGAUGCGGAUGCUGCCCGCAAGAUUCAAGGCUGGUGGCGCUCCAUUGUCCGCAAGCGAGCUGUUGACGAGUUCCACAAACUCGGCUUAAGCAUUGACGGCAUCCGAGAGACUGAUUUUGACACGGUCGUUGAGUUGCUUGCUCAAGAAAACGUGCUUCACGCUGCCGCUCGCUUGCUGCGUCUUUGCGGGUUGCAAGAAGGCGAGCCCAACUCUGUUGCUGAGAUGGCUGCUUGCCGCACCUUCAUGAGUGCUUUCCUCAUCCUCGGACACCCCAACAAAGUCCUCAGUACAAAAAACGACUCUACCGAGUCAACUGCCGAUGUUGAAAACGCCAUGACCGCAACUAACCGCCUGCCAGUUGCCGACCUGAAUAAUCCUCAACUGCAAGACCUCAUCGGGAAAGCUAAAGAUCUCCUCAUCUCGUUUGAGAAUAUCCUCUCUUGGCUUACGCCCGCCAACCGAUACACGGUUCCGCCUUCCAUGCGCAAUGCUAUCCCUGAAGCAUACGCUGUCUUUUACAACGCAUUCAUCGCCUGGAAGUCGCGCGACUCUAAUGCCCUGGUCGAAGUCAUGGUCAUGCAGUUUGUCGAACUCGAUGCCAUUUAUCAGACCGUCAAAGACAGUACCGAUGACGCCGCUGCCGCCCUAUACCGACAGAGCAUUCAGGACAGCCAGCUCAUGCUGAUUGUCCGAAUCAAACGACUUGCCGGUCAGGAAAAGGGGAAAAGGCUGAUUUUCGAAGCUGUUGCCGAAGCACGCAAGGCACGCAAAGCCAAAAAGCACACCGCCGGUGAUACCAGGCCUCGAGUUGCUGACAACUCGGUUGGCGAUGCAUCUGCCACUGCCAAAAGCCUUGUAUCUCCCGAGUCUCAUACACUCACUCCCCCGUCGACACCACUCAGCAGAGGCCAGGGUCAGAGCACAGGCCAGCAGCAGUCCUCUGGGCCCAAGACUGGCUUGAUGGGCCUGCUUCCCAACAACCGGGUCGUUGUGCAUGAGCUUGCAAUCAACAAAGAGUAUCAGAUACCUACCGAAGACUAUGUCGAACAGCAAGCGGCCAUGACCAGACCCCUCUACGCACAUCUGAGGGCCACUGCCGAUGCGGAUGACAACGAUGUCAACUUCCGCAUCUUUCUUACCAUGGCAAGCAACAUAAGAGAUAAGCUGCAGCGGCUCCUCAAGCCUGGAAACUCGAUGUAUAAUCUCAUCGGCGAGAUUCUUGACCCGGAAAUGGCAGAACAGCAGUUCACGCUUGGCAAUUUCUCAUACGAAAAAUUCUUUACUGCCAUGGCAUCGCUGCUGCCCAAGCUCUGUGCGCCCUUCCGCGAUGAAGAAGUCAAUACCCUCAUACAUGGCAAGUUAGCUGACGGCAAUGUCAUUGACCGCGUCGAGGCCCUGAUUGGUUUCAUCGAUGUAAUGCUUUGCGAUUAUGUCAAUUAUUUGAUGCGUAUCGCCGCGCCGCAGCUUAUUGAGUCCGCUGCACAGUACGAGGCGAAGCGCUUUGCACAAGAGAUUGCACGUCGCGAUCCAGAGGGCAUCAACCACCCCAAAUCGCGGCCUAGUGCUUCACGUUUCUAUGCGCAAAUGCUCGUGGAUGUUUUCACAACGCUGGCCCUUCCAGUGGCGCCUGAUCAGGUCCCUGAAAUGCUUCGUCUCGAUCUUCCGCGCAUCACCAAGGUCUCGACCAUGGUUCAGCGCAUUAUUACUGUUGGUGCUGUGCUGCUACAAUGCAAGAACCUACUCAAGCGAGAUGUCCGCUCGCAGUGGAAAACAGAGGCCUCCCGUAUCCUGGCCGUGCUCGAGAACGAACAUGCAUCACUCGAUACCGCGCUCGAAGGCACCAUGGCUGCACUCGAGGCGGGCCGAUCCAUGCCCACUGCGACGAAGGCGCAGUUGCGACAGCUGGUGCGCCAAGUUCUGGAGGCGUCUCAGCAGAUGGCGCGGACAGGUGCCGAGCCAACUCAGCCAGUCCUUCGCCUUCUCCUCACCCGGUUACGCGGCAACAUUCUAGCCAGACUCGUUCCUGGCUCCUCUUCAGCGAGCGAAAAGGUCAAGGCAGCAAACAUGGCCGGUGAAAAGCUGGCCAGCCUAGGCCUUUCGGAAUUUGUUGACCGCGUCAGGCAGAUUUCUGAUCUCCUCGACAAGGUUGGCUCGGUUGACCGCGCUGCGCACGGCACUUGGUGGGAUGCCGUCGCCAUCAAAGUGCAACAAGAGACCAUCGAGUCUUGA